UUUAAGUCUUUUAAUCGAUUUUGACCUUAUUCUUGUGUAUGAUGAGCCUGGAGAGGUGUGGCUGGACCAAGACCUCCCCCGAUGUGAGCAGGUUUCCUCCUCCCCCUACCACCUAUUGCCACCACGCCAGGGGACAUCCUCAAGCCCUGGCCUUCAGGGAAGAGGUAACAGGAGCCCGGAGCCGAGACCAUGUGACGGCGCUGGCCCUCGCCACCGCCGUCCCCCCCACCCUGGCCCCAGGCCCGGCACCAUGAUGUUCCGAGACCAGGUGGGCAUCCUCGCUGGCUGGUUCAAGGGCUGGAAUGAGUGUGAGCAGACAGUGGCCCUGCUGUCACUUCUGAAGCGGGUCACCCGCACCCAGGCCCGCUUCCUGCAGCUCUGCCUGGAGCACUCCCUGGCGGACUGCAAUGACAUCCACCUGCUGGAGUCGGAGGCCAACAGUGCUGCCAUCGUCAGCCAGUGGCAGCAGGAGUCCAAAGAGAAGGUGGUGUCCCUCCUGCUGUCCCACCUGCCCCUGCUUCAGCCACGCAACACAGAGGCCAAGUCGGAGUACAUGAGGCUGCUGCAAAAAGUGUUGGCCUACUCAAUCGAGAGCAAUGCCUUCAUCGAGGAGAGCCGCCAGCUGCUCUCUUAUGCCCUCAUCCACCCAGCCACCACACUGGAGGACCGCAACUCACUAGCCCUCUGGCUGAGCCACCUGGAAGAGCGGCUGGCUAGCGGCUUCCGCACCCGGCCUGAGCCCACUUACCACUCACGCCAGGGCUCAGAUGAGUGGGGGGGACCUGCAGAGCUGGGCCCUGGGGAGGCAGGGCCAGGCUGGCAGGACAAGCCACCCAGGGAAAAUGGACAUGUUCCCUUCCACCCACCCAGCUCCGUGCCGCCAGUUAUCAACAGUAUCGGGAGCAACGCAAAUGCAGGUCUCCCCUGCCAAAUUCACCCCAGCCCGCUGAAGCGCUCCAUGUCGCUCAUUCCCACAAGCCCCCAGGCUCCUGGUGAGUGGCCAAGUUCGGAGGAGCUCGGGGCCCGGGCUGCUUUCACCACGCCCGACCACGCACCCCUCUCACCCCAGAGCAGCGUGGCCUCCUCUGGCAGUGAGCAGACGGAGGAGCAGGGCUCCAACCGGAACACUUUCCAGGAGGAUGGCAGUGGCAUGAAAGAUGUGCCCUCAUGGCUCAAGAGCCUCCGCUUGCACAAGUACGCAGCUCUCUUCUCACAGAUGAGCUACGAGGAGAUGAUGACACUGACUGAGCAGCAUCUGGAGUCUCAGAAUGUCACCAAAGGUGCCCGCCACAAGAUAGCCCUGAGCAUCCAGAAGCUGCGUGAGAGGCAGAGUGUCCUCAAGUCCCUGGAGAAGGAUGUGCUGGAAGGAGGAAACCUACGAAACGCUCUGCAGGAGCUGCAACAGAUUAUCAUCACCCCUAUCAAGGCCUACAGUGUCCUCCAGGCCACUGUGGCCACCGCCGCCACCACCACCUCUACUGCCAAGGAUGUGGGCCGGGGGGAGCCAUUGCUGCCAGGUGCUGAGCCUCCUGUGGCUCAUCCCAGCACAGACAAGGGCACUGAGGCCAAGGACCCUCCAGCUGCAGAGAGCUACCCGCCUCCACCAGCUCCAGUUCCCACUGAUGGUAGUGAGCCAGCCCCGGCUCCUGUCGCUGAUGGAGACAUCCCCAGCCAGUUUACACGGGUGAUGGGCAAAGUGUGUACCCAGCUGCUGGUGUCCCGACCAGACGAGGAGAACAUCACCAGUUACCUCCAGCUCAUCGAAAAGUGCCUGACCCAUGAGGCUUUCACGGAGACGCAGAAAAAACGGCUGCUGUCCUGGAAACAGCAAGUGCUGAAGCUCCUCCGGACCUUCCCUCGCAAAGCUGCACUAGAGAUGCAGAACUACCGGCAGCAGAAAAGCUGGGCGUUUGGCUCCAACUCACUCCCCAUAGCUGGCUCUGUGGGGAUGGGGGUGGCCCGGCGGACCCAGCGGCAGUUCCCAAUGCCUCCCCGGGCCCUUCCACCUGGCAGAAUGGGCCUUCUGAGCCCCUCGGGCAUUGGGGGCAUCUCCCCCAGACAUGCCCUCACCAGCCCCAGCCUUGGGGGCCAGGGCCGACAGAACCUAUGGUUUGCCAACCCUGGAGGCAGUAACAGCAUGCCCAGCCAGAGCCGCAGCUCUGUACAGCGCACCCACUCGCUCCCAGUCCACUCCUCGCCCCAGGCCAUUCUCAUGUUCCCUCCAGACUGUCCGGUCCCUGGACCUGACCUGGAGAUCAAUCCCACUCUGGAGUCUCUGUGUCUGAGCAUGACAGAACACGCCUUGGGUGAUGGGACUGACAAAACUUCCACCAUCUGACGGGACCCACAGCCCAGCGCACCCAUAGGCUCCCCGGGCGGCGGGCGGGGGCCAACCCCCAACGGGCUUCUCUGCAACAGCGAGAGGGUGGGCUGGCUCAGCUAUACAUUCUAAUAUUUUUCUACUCUCUCAUCCUUUUAACUUUUGUUUAACAUCGGCACACGCCUUGCUCACUCCCAGGCCCAUUGAGGGAUCUCUGCUAAGGCCCUGGGAGGUAGGGGGCAGCCAGAAUAAAGGGGGCAGGAACUUGGCCAGCCUGCCUGCCCCCUCCUAUCCUCCCUCAUCUCCCACCUGGCCCCAUCCCACUCCUGCCUCCUCCAGACUGCUCACUACCUGCUCCUCCUGAGGGAGCAGCCUCCCCCAAGACUUACCCACUAUCUUGUGGGGCCUGCUCAGAACCAUCUGACAUUUGGGGAGAGACAAGCAGGAUAGAAACCUGCUCUCCUAAAUGUUAUUUUGAGAGGCGCUAAGGAGAAGGCAGGUGAGGAGAGGAAACUUUCUCCUUGACACCUUCUUCUCCUUCCCCAUUCCCAUCAUUCCCUGAGGACAGGAGCCACCCUCUUCUCACUCACCUCCUUUUGCCCUGUUUAUCAGAGGUUCUCUACAAUUAAUUUCUUAGGUCUAUUUAAGAUACAUAUUUAUAUAGUU